AUGGCGACCACGCCUUACUUCCUCUGGGCUCCACACUCCUCCACCGCGGCCUCCGACUCGGACAUCGCCGGCUUCGGCUCGAGCGCUCCGGAGAUGGCGCUGACAGCGACGACAGCGGCAGAGACAACGGCGCUGGUCUCGCCGGAGCAAGGGUCGGGGGCAGUGGCGCGGCCGCGGCUGCGUCGGAAUUCGUCAGGGUCCGGAAAGCAGCAGCAGCAGGCGGGUUGCGUGGCCAAGAAACCUCCGCAGCGCGGGCUCGGCGUGGCGGAGCUCGAGCGGCUACGCUGCGGGGGCGACCCGCUGCGCGAACUCUCCGCCGUGGUGGGGGGCGCCGCCGGCGCGCAGGCCCACCCGCUGCUCCUCCACCACCACCACCACCUGCCGGCGUCGGCGUUCGAAGCUGCCACCGGCGCGCGCUACUGCUCGCCGCUGCUGGUCCAGCCGUCCGCCCCGGCCCCUCAGCCGCCGGUGGGCCCAAUCUGCUACGUCCAGCCGCACGCGGCCGGCGGCCAGAGGGCACCGCCCCUGGCGCCGGAGCAGCAGUACUUCAGGGACCGGUGGGGCCGCAUGGAGGGCUUCUCCCCGGCGGGCAACAGAGCCGGCGCCGGCGCCGACCGCCGGGCCCAGCUGCUACUGCUACCGCCGCUGGCGCCAGAGCACCCUUCAAGCCAAAGCACCAUCUGGCGUCCUGCUGCGUCCUCUUCCUCCUGCCUCCACACCGGUCACCGCUGCGACCUCUGCUCCAGGACGCUGAGGGCCUUCGCACCACCGACAGCUCCUUCAUCUCCGACCACAGGCUUCACCGCCACCACCACCGCCAGGCCAGAGUACAUCUACGAUCUCGCCGCGGCCACGGACACUGCUCGCCAGGAGAAGGGUGAAGUGUUCUUGGCGCGGGAGAGGAGGAGGGGAGCCGCGGCCGAGGCGCCGGAGAAGAAGGAGGUCAGGGAGAUCGAGUUCUUCCCGGCAGCAAGCACGCACCACGGCGCCGGCGGCGUCGCCCCCGAGGAGUCCGAGUUCGCGACGCCCCUGUCCUCCUCGUCCGGCGCCGGGGGCUUCACCGUGCAGCUGGACCUGUCGCUGAGGCUGUAGGGAUCCGGUUUGCUUGGUCGCGUAGGGUUUUAGCUUCUGUUAUUUCUUGGGUCGUUGUGUGCUGGACUUGGACCAGUGCGUGGGUUACGCUCUUGGGGCUCAGAACUUUAGAUGCUUAA